AUGUGGUCCAAGACCAAGACACAGAGCAAGGUUGGCUUCGACAAGGUCUACACCUGGGUCGACAAGCUCGGCGCCCCAGUCAACCGACUCUCGAACAAGGUCGGCUCCGAGGCCUUCUGGCCGACGACGCUCGACAUCGAGUCCGACAAGGCUGCGCGCAUACUGAAGAGCUUCUGCAAGGAUGGCUUCUAUCAGGAAGAAGACCGCCCAACGGGCCCGCAAGGCCCCAAGGCAAAGCAGAGGGUGCUCAAGAAGAUACCCUCGGACGUCAUCAAAAACGCAAAGGGCCUCUGCAUAUUCACCACAAUGCGCUCUGGGCUGUGGGUGUCGGGAAGCGGCGGAGCUGGCGUGCUCGUCGGCCGCAAACCAGACGGGACAUGGUCCCCGCCGUCUGGCAUCAUGAUGCACACCGUCGGCGUUGGCUUCCUCGUGGGCGUCGACAUCUACGAUUGCGUCAUCGUCAUAAACUCCCACAAGGCCCUGGAAGCCUUCCAGUCCGUGCGCUGCACCCUGGGCGGCGAGAUCAGCGCAGUUGCUGGGCCAGCCGGCGUCGGCGGCAUCAUCGACACCGAGGUCCACAGGCGCCAGUCGCCGCUGUUCACGUACAUCAAAUCGCGGGGCUUCUACGCCGGCCUCCAGCUGGACGGCACCAUCGUCAUCGAGCGCACAGACGAGAACGAGCGCUUCUACGGCGAGCGCAUCGGCGUCAAGGACAUCCUGGCCGGCAAAGCGCGCCAUCCGCCGUACGAGAUCAAGCGGCUCAUGGAGACGCUUCGCUCAGCACAAGGCGACACCGACAUCGACGAGUCGCUCAUUCCAGACGAGGCACCACCGGCCGACUUUGAAGUCACAGCACCGACACAGCCCGAGGACAAGGCCUUUGGCAUACCAGCCGAGGACGACCCAGAUCCAUUCGGCCUGCUCGCGCUGCAGUCUGCCGGACUCGAGAUCCGCGAAGCUGGCACGCACCAGCCGGCCACGAGCGACCAGUUCGAGUUCAGACCGAGCCCUACGAGUCCCAUCUUCUCGACGUUCCGGAAGAGCACAGACAGGUCGAGCUUAGCAGCCAGCCUGGCACCCAGCAGGCGCUCGAGCUGGCGAAGCAGCACGCUGAGCAGCGUGUUGGGAGGAUCCACCCAGACGAGCUACGCCAACUCAGGCACACAGACUGACUUGGAGCCCUCCCCGCCUGCCACACCGACCAUCGCGAAAGCACCGCCGCCUCUGCCGCCCCGGACACCACCCAAGUCGACGGAUGCACGUACGCCAUCACCACCGCUGGCGGACAUUCCCGAAACGACUGUGCAGUCCGCCGAGAUGUACAACGAGGAGGCCAAACCUAAAGACCCCGCAGAGGAGGCCAAACUUGCAAACCCCACAGAGGAGGCCAAACUUGCAAACCCCACAGAGAAGGCCAAACUUGCAAACCCCACAGAGAAGCCUGCCGAGAAGAACCCAGGAGAGGCUGAGAAGAGUGCAGCGAAAGUCGAGGACGAGGACAAGCUCGACGACAUCGAGCUCGACUCGGAAGACGAAGAGGAGGACGUUAUCAUCCACGAAGUCCACCAAGCCACCGCACCCCAGGUCAUCAACCGCGCCCGCAUCGUCCAGGUCGCCAAGCCUGUCGCUCCCAUGCUGCCUCCCCGCAACCCGUUCCGCAACAGCCGCAACCGCAACAGCGCCACGUCGGAUGCCUCGGCCGAGCGCGCAGAGGAGAAGCCCAGCCCAAUCUCGACGCCGAGCCUGAGGCACGGCGACUCGACAAGCAGCCUGUCGAGCGUCGAGGGCCUUGCGCAUGUCAGCGCGAGGCUGCAGCCCAAGCCCGUAGGAGAGAACAAGCAGGAGCAAGAGAAGCAGGAACAAGAGAAGCAGGAACACGACGAGAGGCACGACGAGAAGCACGACACCUUCCACUCGCUGCCCGAAUCGCCCAUCAAAGCCGUCCCCGGCGCAUUCUAG